GGAAGUUGGCAUUUCUUAAUUAUUAAGUAUUAAAAUUAAAAAUUAGAUAUAAAAAAUGAAUAUUUUUAGUACUACUAUUUAUUUAUGCCACCAAAUUCUCCAUAUACAGAAAUUCUUCUCAACUAGCUUUCGAGCAGGUUCUCAAGUUUUGUAUGUUAUCUAAUUGAAUGACUAAAUAAACCAUUUUGUCAAGUUUCGGCAUGGAUGCAAUUGAUGAUGCUAAUCAGUUACGAGAAACACCGAAAAAUGAAGUUAUGUCCUUCUUGGAGUCAGCUCCACUACUAAAGGAUGCUGCUGAAAUUGAGAAAAGCUUGAAGGAAUUCGUUGAUCGCAAUACUUCAUCAUCAGUGAGUGGAAAAGCAAACAGGGUGGUGUGUAUUACUUCAGGUGGUACAACUGUUCCUCUGGAAAAACAAUGUGUUCGUUAUAUCGACAACUUUAGCUCCGGUCAUAGAGGGGCUGCAUCCACAGAAUACUUUCUGAAGUCCGGUUAUUCUGUAGUCUUUCUCUACCGAAGAGGGUCAUGCCAGCCAUUUUGUAGUUCUCUGCCCGAUGAUCCGCUGCUAGAGUGCUUUAGUGUUGCUGAUGAUUCAAGUAUUGAAGUGGAUGCAUUGCAUGCUGAAACAGUGAAGAGCGCCAUUACUGAAAAUCGCGCAGCAGUUGCUGAGGGCAUCCUGUUGAAACUUCCAUUUACAACAAUUUUCGAGUAUUUGCAGAUUCUUCAGCUAAUUUCUGUGUCUUUGAGGGACGUCGGGCCUAGUGCUGUUUUUUUUCUGGCAGCUGCAGUUUCUGAUUUUUAUGUUCCGUGGGAAAGCAUGGCUUUACAUAAAAUCCAGUCAGCAUCGGGUCCUCUAGAUAUACGACUCGCCCAAGUACCAAAGAUGCUUUCCGUGCUUAGGAAUGAAUGGGCACCAAUGGCCUUCCACAUAUCUUUUAAGCUAGAGACAGACACAGAUAUCCUUUUAGCAAAGGCUAAUAUGGCCCUCAAAAAAUACAAGAUGCAUAUGGUGAUAGCUAAUGAACUAUCAACCCGUAAAGAGGAAGUUAUAGUCGUCACUGAGCAGGAAAAAGUCACAGUUCGCAGGGACUGCACUCGGGCAGGGGCUGAAGUCGAGUCUCCGUUGGUUGAGCUUGUUGUUGAUAGACACUCAACAUAUAUCAAGAAGUUUGAUGCAUAACAAGUAUGGAUUUGGAUCAUGCAUUUUAUCGCCCAAAUGUGGAGUUACACCUUACAUGGACAUUUCAGUAAGCAAAUGUAGUGCAACCAAUUAUCCUGUAAAAGAGAAAAGAAAAGAGUGUUUUUCUUAGCUUGUUUUAUUUUAGAUUGGCAAUGUGUUUCUUUUCGUGGGAUUGUACUGAGUAUGUUAUUGUUGUCCCUAUUACAACUCACACUCACUAACAAUA